UAGUGAAUAACGGUCAACAGCUGUUCUCAUUUUCUUUAGUAAAUUACUCCGCGAUUCAAAAAUAUAUUCCGGUGUGCAUAAUUUUACCAUUUGAAAGACAAAAAGAAAUUGAAAAUAAAAGUUGACAAUACUCUUUAAAAGCGUUUUCCUGAAAACUGCUUUUUUCAAAGGCUGUAGAUAUUUUAACACAAAAACUGCUUGACCGACCCACCUGGAAUUUUGUAUAUAUUUUGUUUAGACAUUCCUUGAGGAACACAAUGAAUAACCAUCUUGCUCUAUAUGUCAAGGAUGUAGAAAAAUCGUUUGGUUCAAACAAAGUGCUGGACAAAUUAUGUUUAAACGUUCAAAAAGGUACCAUAUACGGACUUUUGGGAUCCAGUGGUUGUGGUAAAACAACUUUAUUAAGGUGUAUAAUUGGAAGGAGUAAUGUAAAUAAAGGGGAUAUAUAUGUACUGGGAGAAAAACAGGAUGGUAGUGUAGUCCUAGCAGAUAGAGUGGGGUAUAUGCCACAGGAUAUAUCAUUAGUUGGAGAAUUAAGUGCAAGGGAUUCUAUUUAUUUCUUUGGAAGAAUCUACAAUUUAAAGGAUGACAUAAUAAAAAGUCGUUGUGAUGAACUGAUUGAAUUAUUAGACCUUCCAACGGAUAACAGAUGUGUAAGAGAUUGUAGCGGAGGAGAACAGAGAAGAGUGUCCUUUGCUGUAACGUUAGUUCAUAAACCAGAGUUACUUAUAUUGGAUGAACCUACUGUUGGUACAGAUUCAAUUCUUAGAAAUAGAAUAUGGAAGUAUUUAACGAAAAUAACUGAAGAGGACAAAACGACUGUGAUAAUAACAACACAUUAUAUAGAAGAAACUAGACAAGCUGAUAAGAUUGCUCUAAUGAGAAAGGGAAAGUUAUUAACAGAAGAACACCCGGAGACGCUCUUAGAAAGGUACGGCUGUGAUCUGCUAGAAGAAGUCUUUGUUAUUCUAAGUUCUAAACAAGAAGAAACAGAACAAACUUCUGGAGUAGAUAAUUUGGCUUUUCAGUCAUCUCAAACAGGCAUAAAUGAAUCUACUGAACGAACAAAUGCAGCAUUGGAUGUAAUUAGUGAGGCACCUCAACAAACGAGAACUGAAAGAAAAAAACAAUCCAUUUUCGAAAUGAUCAGAUUCAAGUCAUUGUUGUUUAAAAAUUAUAAAAAGCUCAAAUCAAAUUUAAUAUCUACAAUAUUUCUCGUUGUGUUCCCCGCACUUCAGGUUUUGUUUUUUCUCACAGCAGUUGGCAGAGAAACAAAAGGAAAUCCAUUCGGUAUAGUCAACAACGAAAGAUCUCAAGAGUUCUGCAAAACAUUUCCCAGAAACGAAUCAGCUGUGCCGUACGAUAAAUUCAGUUGCCAUAUUAAUAGUGCCAGUUGCCUGUUUGAGGACUAUUUGGAUGUACCAUUAUUUUACAUGAUUCGCUUUGAUUCAAAAUAUGAAGCCUUGUCAGCUUUGGAGUCAGGAAAAAUAAGGGGGUUCCUACAUAUGCAUCAGAAUUUGUCGGAACUAAUUGAAGCUAGAGUUAAUUAUGGAGUAGAUAAGUACGAUUUGCCAGAUGAAGAAAUGCAGGUCUAUAUGGAUAUGACAUCUAUUCAGGUAGGCGGAAUUAUUAAAGAAAGAAUUGCUGAUAAGUACCAGCUAUUUCACGAAAAGAUCUACGAUGACUGCAGAUAUUUAUCGAAAGCUGUACAAAUACCUUUAAGAGUAGAAGAAAGCUUUUACGGAAAUAAGAAUGAAGAAUAUGUAAUUUUUAUCACUCCUGGAAUAAUAACCUCGAUGAUAUUUUUUAUGGGAGUUUUGAUGACCUGCGUGAUAAUCUUGGAUGAAAAAUGUGAAGGUAUUUGGGACCGCUCCAUCGUUGCCGGUGUUACAGCUCUGGAGCUAAGCUUGUCACAUCUUCUGUAUCAAAACGUGUUUAUGAUUAUUAUAUCGUUGGACUUCUUGUUGUUUGUAUUUGUAAUUUUUGGACAACCGUAUAUCGGGUCUUUAUGGCUAAUUUUCGCUCUUUUAUACCUACAAGGUUUAGCUGGAAUCAUGUUAGGAUUUGCAAUAUCAGUUCUAAGCGAUAAUCAUGUAACAGCAAACACAAUAGUUACAGGAAUCUUCAAUCCACUUGUACUAGUUAGCGGUAUCUUGUGGCCCGCGGAAGCAUUACCCAAAUAUAUAUAUUUCGUCAUAGAGUGGUUGCCAUUGGCAAUUCCAACAUCAGCAUUACGAAAUGUCAUCAGGAAAGGAUGGACUCUUACCAACUUACAUACCCUUCACUCAAUAGGAAUACUGUCUUUCUGGAUAUUAUUUCUCUUAGCGCUGAACAUCUACUUGACGAAAACAAAAAGAUGAGAAAAGAAAUAAGGAAUAUUAUAAACAGUUAUUAAAUACUUUAAAUUAU